AUGGCACAACCGCCCCAGUUUGGUCCGUGUCCCCCACGCAUGGCGGACCUCAAGAAGGAGAUCGCGGCAAGCUACCCCGACUUCGAGGCGGGCGUCACAAGGGCGUGGGGCGAGAUCCUCGUCGAGCUCGAGAAGACCACGAAGGAGAUCGCAAGCCAGGGGUCGCAGGGCGUGCCCGAGGUUGGCUUCGGCGAACUGGGCAACCUGACGCCCGAGCGCGUCGCGGAAAUCCGGCGCAAGGGCUGCGUUGUCAUCCACGACGUCGUGAACGACGAGGAGGCGAGGACGUGGCAGGCGUGGCUUCGCGACUACGUUUCGAAGAACCCGGUCGAUGGUAUGCCUGAGGCCGACAAGCAGUUCUUCCAGCUCUACUGGACAAAGGCGCAGAUCCGCGCACGCUCGCAUCCGAACGUGCUCAGUGUGGCGACGUGGCUGAACACCAUGUACCACCCCAAGACGGAGCAGAAGCUGGACGACGUCGACCUCAACACGCCGCUCAUGUACGCCGACCGCUUCCGGAUCCGGCACCCCGGCGUGCAGUGGGACGCGCACCCGCCCCACGUCGACGGCGGCGGCAUCGAGCGCUGGGAGGACAAGUUCUUCCGUGGCUGCUUCGAGGACAUCCUCACCGGAAACUGGCGCGCGCACGACCCAUACGACCUCGAGAACCGGAUCCACGCCCGGAGCUCGCUCUACAAGCGCCCGAAUCAGGCGACCGUGUUCCGGACGUACCAGGGCUGGCUCGCGCUGAGCGAGACUGCGCCGGGCGAGGGCACGCUGCAGGUGUUCCCGAACGUGAUGCUCUCGAACGCGUACAUAAUCAUCCGCCCGUUCUUCACGCCCAAGGAGGGGUGCAGCGCGGAGUCGUACGACCCGGCGGACUGGAAGUUCGACCUCGAGGACCCCGAGUUCCACGGGAUCUACUCGUUCGAGAAGGCGUUCAUCGGCCCGCGCCCGGACACGAAGACGCACCCGCACCUGAAGCUCGACGAGACGAUGGUGUCCGUGCCGAAGGUGUACCCGGGCGACAUGGUCUUCUGGCACUGCGACGUUAUCCAUGCCGUCGAGAAGGAGCACGCAGGCAAGGAGGACUCGACGGUCAUGUACAUCCCCGCGAUGCCGCACACUGCCAUCAACGCGGCGUACGUCCAGAAGCAGAAGGAGAGCUUCCUCACUGGCGUUGCGCCCCCGGACUUCCCGAGGAACAAGGGCGAGGGCGACUGCAUCGGGGUGGGCAAGGAAGACGAUAUUCAAGACCCUGUGGGCAAGCGCGCGAUGGGUUUUGCGAUCUCGGUCGCUUGA